CCACACCACCUCUCCAGCCGCCCUCCUCGUACGCGCGGCGCAGAGGUCCUUCUUCGCCAGCGCCUCGGGGCCAUGGGGCGCCGUAGGUUCCGGCUCGCCGACAUGAUGCCCAACUCCUGGUUCUACAAGCUCCGCGACAUGCGCCGCCCACGGGGUCACCCUCCUGCCGUUGGCGGCUCCGGGGCCGCGAGCGCAAUGCUGCAGUCGUCGGCGGCGCCGCCGCAGAGGGGGGCAAGGUCUGCCACGAGGCCUGGGUCCCCGAGGCACGGGUCCGUGGCGCUCCCGCACAGGACCUCGUACUACUACCCCACCCGGGACCGGGAGCUCCCGGCGCCGGAGCCGAGGGGCGCCAAGGAUGAGAACCGGCAGGUCCUCCCCCAGCAGCUGUCGGCGACAGGUUACUCCAGGAGGCGGCACGGGGUUGCGCGCGGGCUGGAGGCUCCGGCCGGAGCGCACGACGCUUCCAGGAGCAGGCGGGACAUGUACGUCGGGGUCGGGCGCGACGGCAGCGACGAGGAGGACGUCGACGAGGUCCGGAGGCCGGGGGUGAUUGCGCCAUCGGAGUAUAGCGUGAGCGGUAAGGUGAUCGCGUCAGAAACGGACAUCGUCAUCGACCUCUGCUCCGAGGGCACCGCCGAGCGGGUGCUCCGCCCUAUCGUGACGAGGCCCGCGAUGAGGGAGGUGGUCCGGUACGAGCCGAAGGACAGGCACGUCGACGUCGCCGACACGUCGCCGACACGCGCCAGCUCUGCCUCGGAGCAGGGAAGCAAGGGCCACCCGAGGCGGUCGUCCGUGUCCGUGGGGCGCCGCCUCAGGACGCGCGUCAGCAGCCCGCGGCUGGCGUCCGCCAGGUCGAGGAAGAACAGCAAGCCGACAAGCGCGGGGGCGUCGCCACGGAAGACGAGGCCAGCACCGCCGCCGCCUCUCGCGGAGAGCUUCGCGGUGGUGAAGUCGUCGGCCGACCCCAGGCGGGACUUCCGCGAGUCGAUGGAGGAGAUGAUCGCGGAGAAGGGCAUCCGCGGCGCCGCCGACCUGGAGGACCUCCUGGCCUGCUACCUCGCCCUCAACGCCGACGAGCACCACGACCUCAUCGUGGAGGUGUUCGAGGAGAUCUGGGCCAGCCUCGCCAGCGCUAAACCCAUGAAAGGAAACAGAAACGACGGCCGCGAAUGAGCUGAGGUCAUCGUUCGUCGUCCUCCCCUCUCCCGCUGCACGCCUGCAUGCUCGAUGAUCAGUGCAUUCAUUUCUAGCAGCGGAUUAAACUAGCUUUAGCCUUUUAGUCCCUUGACUUGUUAUUGAUGGAUGAUUGCAAUAACAAAACUCCGCAAGGGAACUCGAGAAAGGGAAAAAAAAAAGAAAGAAAGACAUUCCGGCUCGAUCUGCGAAAGUUUUUGGUUC